AUGAACCACAACCAGGAAUCUUCCGCGUUCAAGGCACUGCUACCUCCACCGGAAAUGGACUAUGUCAGUCGUGAGGAGCUGAUGAGCGCGGUCCAAAAUUUUGCACGCGCUCAAGGCUAUGCGGUUUCCAUCAAGCGUUCAAAUGCCGGCAAACGAGUUUUCUUGAAGUGCGAUUCCGGUGGUCUUUAUCAACUGAAGAUAAACCUUGAGGAACGGAAGCGUGAAAGAAGCACGCGUCGCAUCGAUUGUCCUUUCCUGUUAAGUGGAAA